AUGGACUCGCAAGAAACCUAUUAUACUUAUCAAUCUCCUGUAUUCUUUGGAUAUAACCCUGAUGGAGGAAGAAUAUGCGGUGCCUACUGUAUAUUGGCAUUCACCUUAUCAAGCGUUAUUAUAUCUAUCAUCUUGAUGAUAUGUCUUUAUUCGGUAUAUAACAAACGAAAACGAAAUAGGUUGCGAGUAGAUACUGAAACUCAACAACACAUUCUUGAUCAAUAUUCUCGGCAAAGCGAACAAAAUACAACAGUAGUUAACCUGGGUGUUCCGUUAUUUAGUAAAGAUCGCAGAGGUAGAACAUCAAGUGAACUCGCAAGGCGUGCUGCCGCAUUCACUCACUCUUACCCACCUUCGGAUGCGUUACCCACCGCUGAACAAGUUGAUCAAAUCAUUUCGCAAAAGGGCUACGGAGCAUGGAGAUUCGUGUUAGAUCGGUCAAUGGUGAAUGAAACUGGAAUGCCUAAUAUAAGCAACGAAGGACGUGUGGUGGAAUUUGGAAUUAAUAAUAAUAAAUGGCGCCUGAAACCUUCUGCCUCAAUCGUAAACAAGGAUAUCUGUGUACAAUCGAAUUUUCCAUUCUUUUGGCCGGUACAGAGUGUCGAUGAAGAAAAACGACGGGAGGCGAUCAGUUGUAGAGCCGAAUUUAUGCAUUAUUUUGAAAUUACCUUAAUUUCGAGAUGUAAAGGUGUGGAAAAUAUGGCCAUUGGCUUGACAACCAAACCAUAUCCUUAUUUCAGAUUUCCAGGAUGGUGUUUAUACUCUAUAGGUUACCACUCAUGUGAUGGUAAGAUCUUUCAUGAAAACAACUUUGAAGGAAAACCUUACGGUCCCUCAUGGGGAGAUGAUAUAGGUGAAACCGUAGGAGUAGGGUAUCGACCAAACACCGGCGAAAUAUUUUUUACAAAAAAUGGAGAGUAUUUGGGUGUGGCGCUGAGGGAUUCGAAACACGUGUGGUAUCCAGCUGUGGCGGCUGAUGGUCCUUGCAGAUUUGAAGUGAAUUUUGGAGAUAAAGGUAGAGGAUUUAGGUUUGAGAAGGCGAGAAAUUAUGGACCGGGGUCACCUCUAAAAGAAGAAUGUAAUGAUAGUGAAUAA